CUGUUGAGCUAACUGCUGAUCAGAGUUGUGUGUUGGAUGGCAGAUGAGUGCUUUGUAGACCUUUCUCAAUAUAGGAUAUCCCCACACAGAGCCCAGAACUGAGGCAAGACAUUGUACUUCGCAGUUGUUACAGGAAAAACAUUUCAUUUUGAGGAUAAUCUGUUUUUAAGACCAUACUUCUCUCUUCAAGACACCCAGGGAGUGAGAGAAGCCAAGUGCAGAGGGAUGGAAACUAGAGAACCUGGAAAAACAAGAGAGUUCAACUGACAAACAGAAGGAUCAAAAAACCUGAAAAUGGAAACUGUUGUUCGCCGCUGCCCCUUCCUGUCACGGGUAUCCCAGGCUUUUCUGCAGAAGGCUGGCAAGUCCCUACUCUUUUAUGCUCAGAGCUGCCCUAAAAUGAUGGAAGUGGGGACCAAGCCUGCUUCCCGCGCCCUGGGUACUUCAGUUGCUCACUGCCAACAAGCUGAAGAAACAACCUCACCCAAUGACAAGGCCAAAAAUUCCAAAGAUGUGUCCAAGGAGAAUACCAGUGGAUCCCAGCUGCCUAUUAGCCAUCCACCUGCUGUUACUAGUCAGAGCUCUGCCACUAAAUGCCCUUUCCUGGCAGCUCAGAUGAACCCUACGAACAGUAAUGUUUUCUGCAAAGCCAGCCUAGAACUCCAAGAAGAUGUGCAGGAAAUGCAGGCUGUAAGGAAAGAGUUUACUAAAACACCAGUGAAUCCCACUAUGAUGAAUAUCAAAACUUCGGGAGAAGAGCAGAAUGGCUUGCUGAAGAAGUUCCAGGAUAUUAUGUUAAAGCAAAAACCAGAAAGAGUGUCUCAUCUGCUUCAGGAUAACUUGCCAAAAUCUGUUUCUACUUUCCAGUAUGACCAGUUCUUUGAGAAAAAAAUUGAUGAGAAAAAAAAGGAUCACACGUACCGUGUAUUCAAAACUGUAAACCGAAGAGCACAGGUCUUUCCCAUGGCAGAUGACUACUCUGAUUCCCUUAUCAGCAAAAAAGAGGUGUCUGUAUGGUGCAGCAAUGAUUACCUAGGGAUGAGUCGCCACCCUCGAGUGAGUGGAGCUGUUAUGGAUACGUUGAAACAACAUGGUGCUGGAGCAGGAGGCACCAGAAAUAUUUCUGGAACUAGUAAAUUUCAUGUUGAUUUGGAGCAAGAGUUGGCUGAUCUUCAUGGAAAAGAUGCAGCAUUGCUGUUCUCAUCAUGCUUUGUAGCUAAUGAUUCCACUCUCUUCACGUUAGCUAAAAUGUUACCAGGCUGUGAGAUUUACUCAGAUGCAGGAAACCAUGCCUCCAUGAUUCAAGGAAUUCGGAACAGCAGAGUGCCUAAGCACAUAUUUCGCCAUAAUGAUGUCAAUCAUCUCCAAGAACUACUGAAAAAAUCAGAUCCAUCGACUCCCAGAAUUGUUGCAUUUGAAACUGUUCAUUCAAUGGAUGGUGCAGUGUGUCCAUUGGAAGAAUUGUGUGAUGUAGCUCAUGAGCAUGGGGCAAUCACUUUUGUAGAUGAAGUACAUGCUGUUGGGCUGUAUGGAGCUCGGGGUGGUGGCAUAGGCGAUCGGGAUGGAGUCAUGCAUAAAAUGGACAUAAUCUCUGGAACACUUGGCAAAGCAUUUGGUUGUGUAGGCGGGUAUAUUUCCAGUACAAGUUCUCUGAUAGACACUGUACGUUCCUAUGCUGCUGGCUUCAUUUUCACAACAUCCCUGCCACCCAUGCUGUUAGCUGGUGCACUUGAAUCGGUCAGAACUUUAAAGAGUGCAGAAGGGCAAGUUCUUCGACGCCAGCACCAACGCAAUGUUAAACUCAUGAGACAAAUGCUGAUGGAUGCUGGACUCCCUGUAGUACACUGUCCCAGUCACAUCAUUCCAAUCCGGGUUGCAGAUGCUGCUAAAAAUACUGAGAUCUGUGACAAACUCAUGAGUCAGCACAGCAUCUAUGUCCAGGCAAUAAACUACCCCACAGUUCCACGUGGAGAAGAGCUGCUGCGUAUUGCCCCUACUCCUCAUCACACACCUCAGAUGAUGAAUUAUUUCCUUGAGAAACUGAUGGCUACAUGGAAGAAUGUUGGUCUAGAGUUGAAACCGCACUCUUCAGUGGAAUGCAAUUUCUGUAGAAGGCCUUUGCAUUUUGAAGUGAUGAGUGAAAGGGAAAGAUCCUACUUCAGUGGCAUGAGCAAACUAGUAUCUGCUAGUGCUUGAGAGUAACCUGUUAACCCUGUUGAUGUCGAGUCUAGUCCUCUCAAAUAUCCAAAUAGCCUUUUUAAAUUGCAUAUUAAAUUAUAACAUUUUAAUCAAUAGUCUAAACACAGCUCUGAAAAUACUGUUUUGAACUUUGUCCUGCCUCUGUCCUUUUUAAACUCAUUGCUGUUGUACUAGCCUUUACAAAUAAGACUGUAGGAUUAGUGAUCAGAAACAUGAAGUGAAACAAAAACAAUCUCAAUUCCACCUUGAUCUUUUGGUAAAUCAGAAACUACAUACUAUCUUUUGCCAUUGUGGCAAUUUUAGUGAAAGAUGUUUAAUGAUACUAAGAUAUUUUUUUUUUCUUGCCA